AUGGAGAUUGUUAAGGAAAGAGAAGAGAAGGCGAGGAGUGGGGGAGAAGAGAGCUUUGGGAGUGAUUUUCUUGGCGCACUAUUAAACGCUUAUCAUGAUACUAAUGACAAGCACAGGUUUUCUAUAGAUGAUAUAGUUGAUGAAUGCAAGUCGAUUUACUUUGCUGGACAAGAGACCGUUAAUACUUUGCUGGACUGGACAAUGAGUAUGAUCGUCAAUGAAGCCCUGAGGCUAUGUUCUCCCAUUAUCUAUGUCACAAGGAGUAUUGAGAGGAACGUUAGACUUGGAAAGCUCCUUGUUCCUGCUGAGGUUGAGUUAAUCAUCCCAUUUCUAGCAAUACACCAUGAUGAUCAACUCUGGGGACAAGACGCGCAUCUUUUCAAACCAGAACGGUUCUCAGAAGGAGUUGCUAAAGCUAAUACUACUAAUAACAAUAUGGCGACAUUCUUAUACCGUGAAGAAGCUGUUAUACAUAUUACCGGAGUUGGUUAUGCGGCCAGUAUUUCAUCAUUAGCUUUGCAUGAUCAACACUUCUGUUAG